AUGGCCUCCACGGGCUACCACCGGCGUUUGAUUAAAUGCGCAAUGUUGAUAGCAGCAGCUCUUGUUGCUCAAGCCAAUGCCAUUCACAUUUAUCUAGAAUGGAAUGUCACCCUUGACAGCACAAUCAAGCCUGUGUCCCAAGAUCAACCUGUGAUCGCCAUUAAUGGAUUGUUCCCCGGACCACUUAUCAACACCACGACGAAUGAUUUUGUUCAUGUCAACGUCUUCAACAACAUGGAUGAGCCUCUGCUCUUUACUUGGUAUGCAAACAAGCAAUUUUGGAUAGACCAUAUGUUGGUCUACAAAAGCCGUUUUAAUGAACUAGGAGAAAAUGGUGUUGGUGAUGCAGGAAUGGGAUACAGCAAAGGCUAA